AUGUCCAGUUCGUCAUCUUCCUCGACUGUUGAAAAAUCAAAAUUUGAGACUACUAUCAUCCAAGAAGUCAGUUCACAUGGCGAUCUAAUCACUUUAGGUCCUCACACUUACAGACGUGAAGAACUUUUGAAUGUUUUAGAAUCUCAACAAAAACCAGUUUAUACUCCAUCCACUCAAAGAAAAUUAGCUAACCCAGUUCCAUUAGGUUUAGCAUCCUUCUCUUUAUCAUGUCUCGUUUUAUCCUUGGUUAAUGCUAACGUCCGUGGCGUCACCAACUGUAAAUUAUUAAUCAGUUUGUUCAUGUUCUUUGGUGGUGCUAUCGAAUUGUUCGCAGGUUUGCUAUGUUUUGUCACUGGUGACACUUACGCCAUGACUGUUUUCAGUUCUUUCGGUGGGUUCUGGAUCAGUUGGGGUUGUAUCAAUACCGAUCAAUUCCACAGUAUCUCCGCUUACGAUAGCGAUCCAGUCAUGUUAGCCAACAUUGAGGGUUUCUUCUUGGCAGGUUGGACUGUCUUCACAUUCCUUAUGUUAAUGUGUACCUUGAAGAGCACAUGGGGUCUAUUUCUUCUAUUGACUUUCUUAGAUUUAACUUUUCUUUUAUUGACUAUCGGUGUUUUCACUGGUAACAACAACGUCAGUAUGGCUGGUGGUUACUUCGGUAUUUUAGCAUCAUGCUGUGGUUGGUACUCACUUUAUUGUGCCGUUGUCACCCCAGAAAAUUCAUACUUGAACUUAGAUGCUCACGUCAUGCCUCAUUUCCCUACUGUUUAA